AUGAGUCAACUAUUACAACAACAACAACAAAAUCAACAUAAAGAUAUUAGAACUUCAAUACAAUCAUGGGCAACUCCAUCAGUAUUGGUGAUUACAUCACCAACAGUUCAAAAGCAAUUCAAAAGAAUGUCACAUUCCCUUAUUGAUAUUCUAACUCAAUAUCUUGAAAAGAAAAAAGGUAACAGAAAGAGAAGAGAGACAGUGAGUGAUGAUAUAAAGUCAAUCAAUAUCAGUAUUGACACUUUAUUUCUUUUACUUUUACUUUUAGCAUCGAUUAAAGUUGGAGAAUCAUAUUAUGAAUUAAAUGAUUUCAAGGUUAAUUUUAUAACAUUACAACAAUUAGAACAAACUUCAUAUGAUACUAUAUUAAAAGAUGUUGCUGCAUCUGUAGAUUCAUUGGCAACUGAUGAAUAUUGUUCAAAUGUUGAUAUUAAAAGUAAACAAGAUGUACCAUAUUUUAAUAAAGUUUGUCAAGAUCCAACACCAUGGUUUGAAAGAUAUAGACAUCAAUAUUUAAAAUCAUUAAAAUGUAAUGAAGUUGAAACAUUUGCACAUCCAAUAGCAUGUCUAUUGAUUGCAUCGGUAGAGGAUCCCAAUCCAAUUGGUAUGUUGGUCAAAAUGUUUGAACCAUCAAAGCCGCCAUCGAUCAUUUCUCAAUUCAAUAUCGAUCCAAAUAUUCCCAAAAUCCAUAUAUUGGCACACUCUGAGAAUACAGAGUCUGAGAAACGUCUUUCAGAGAUGAAAAAUACCUUUGGUGCAAAUAAUUCCUAUCUUUUACGUGUCAAUCAAAAGGAAGAUGAUGGUGGUCUAUCAUUUGAUCCAACUGCAAAUUUAGCUUCAAAUCCUCUAAACACUAUAAUCAAUGAUUUAAUUACAAAACAUAUUCCUCCUUAUAUUGAAAAAUCAAUUUCUGAAUUAAAUGAAAAUAUUACAGCAAAUAAAAAGAGUUUUUUUUCAAAAAUGAAAGUAUCAUUAAGAAUUGGAUAUAAAAAGAAUGAAAAGGAAGGAGAUGAUAAGGAAUCAUCAACUUCAACAUCGAUUCCAGUUGAAACUUGUCUAAGAAGAUUAUCAGAUCUUUACUUUUUACUUCAAGAUUAUGAAACUGCCCUUUCAUUUUAUCGUAAUCUUUCAAAAGAAUUAAAUAGUGAUAAAUCUCCAAAUCAUUAUGCUGCUUCUUUUGAAAUGAUUGGAAUAUGUAAUUUUAUGUUAAAUAAGGAAACUGAUGCACAAUUUGAAACAGCAUUGAAUGGAUAUCAAAGAGGAAAUUUAAAUGUUUGUGCAGUUAGGACAACAUUUAUUCAAGGAGAAAUUUUAAAGAGAAAAUCAAAUUUCAAAAUGUUGGCAGAUUUGUACAAGACUAUGGCGGAAAGAGAGAAUUUGGAUGCAUUUUGUGCAGCCAUUCUAUUGGAACAAGCAGGUUUUUGUCUUUUACAAGGUCAAUCUCCAUCAUUUCGAAAGGCGUGUAUGCGUAUUGUAUUGGCAGGUGACAAGUAUGCAGAAUCCUCCAAGAGAAAGCAUGCUCUUCGAUGUUUUAGAUUCUCCUAUUCCGUCUAUGAAGGUAGAGAUUGGAUGGGUAUUGAUGAUCAUCUUCAUCUUUCAUUGGUGAGAUACUCUUUUUUCCAAGGUCAUACUAGUGACGCUCUGCGUUUUAUCAACAAACUAUUGGAAAAGAAUUCACAAUCGUUCCAGAGUCAAAACUCUAUCAUUAGAGAAUUCCUCUACAUUUCCAAGUCUUACACCAAGGACAAUUAUAUUGGCGAGUUGCCCAUUCCAGUGAUUGCAAAUGAUCGUAUCACUGUACUCUUGUCAGAUUAUACCUCGGACGCACAUCAACAGGUAUGGUGGAGUGACAUGGAGGAAGCAUUUAAAAAGGAGGCAUCGAUCAUUACCAAACCUGUACUACAAGGUUUUGAUCUUUGGAAACGUGAUCUUUUCAUCGAGGUUGAAAAGGAAAAAACAAUCGUAGUGGAAGAACCAAUUACUGUCGACGUUGAAAUUAGAAAUCCUCUUCAAAUCCCUCUUCAAUUUAAUAGUGUUCAUUUGGUUGCCACUUACAAGAGUCCAGAUGGUAUUGAAGAAUCGAACAUGUCACCAUUGGAUCAAGUUCAACUCCAACGAAUGGAAAAUGGUGAACUUCCAUUCAAGGUUGAAACCAUCGACAUCCUCUUGGGACCAAGUGAAACGAAAAAAUUAAAAUUCUCAAUCAUCCCUCUAAAACAAGGUUUAUUAAAUAUUAGAGGUAUUGGUUUAUGUAUGUGUGGUACUAUUUGGGGUAAAAGAGAAUUUAAAUUAAAACAAAAAAGAUUAAACAAAACAAAAACACAAAGAGAAUCAAUUAGUUAUGAACAAAACCUAAGUUUAACAUUUAGUGUAACAUCACCAAUGCCAAGAUUAGAAGCACAAUUUGUAGAUUUCCCAUCAUCAAUUUGUUUUGGUGAAAUGAAACAAGCAAAAUUACUACUUAAAAAUUGUAGUAAUAAAAUGGGAUUGAAAAAUGUUAGAAUUAGAAUAAGUCAUCCAACUUUGGUUUGUUUUGGUUCAAAUAAUCAAGAUGCAUGUAUAUUAAAUUCAUUAAAUUCAUCGAUACAAUUAAAUUCAAUAGAAUUGACAGCAGGAGCAACGGUGAUGGUACCAAUAUGGGUAAGAGGAGGAUUAAGUGUUGGAAAGUAUACUCUUAGAUGUUUGGUUUAUUAUGAAUCUGAAAGUGGAAAUACUGACCUCAAAUAUCGUUUGGCUCGUUGUCAAACUGAUUUUGAAGUACGUCCAUCAUUAAGAAUUUCUACCUUUUCACAACAAAGUUCAACCGAUUUGGAUGCCUAUCUCCUCGGUUUGGAAGUAGACAAUCCAAUCAUUGGAGGAGGUGGAGAUGUGUUUUUCCUAAAACAAAUCUCGUCCAUUUCAAAGUACUGGAAAAUCGAACCACUCUCUUAUCAUACAGACGUCCCCAACUCUGUCAUUCUCACACUCCACCCAGGUCAAUUCACAAAUCUCUUUUUUAGAAUCACACCAUCCAUCAAACCCACAGCAGCGUUGAACGAAGAAAAGGGUGGCGACCAGACUGUCACCAACAUUUCGUUUGACAAGAAUGAACCAAUGUAUGAUAGUUCUUCAUUCCCAGUCUACCAGUUUCUAGACUAUGAAAAGCUCGCCGUUGCCGAUCAGCUUCAUCACCAACAACUACAGUUACAACAACAGGCAAACAAACCAAACACAAUAUCAAAUAAUCUUGGUACUGGUAAUGAACAUCAUAAUCAAUUAGACUUGAUGUUGUUUUGGGAAAGUAAUUCGACCUCUAAGCUUGGUACAGUCUCGUCGUCCAAUUCACAACAUCAACCAACACGUAUGGGAGUUUUAAAUUCAACUUCAAUUUCUUUCCUUCCAGUUCACUAUAACGACCCAUUGUUGGCUACUCCAUGGGGUAGUUGGAAAAACACAACCUCGCCAACUGGCAAAACAUCGACAUUGCACAUUGACCCAGCUCUCAAGUUCCAAGCUCCCAUUCGUUACCAAAUCCUCACACCCGACUCGACCAUCAAACACAACUUUGCCAAACUAUCCAUUUGCACAAUGCCACUCAAAUUGCAACUCAGCAACUGCUCGACCCACCAAACACUCCAAUUAAUCGUCGACACGUUGCUGCCACACGAAAACCUCGACGCUCAAUCACAGAGCACCUCUCAAUACUUUUGGACUGGUAUCACCAAACACUCGGUACAACUAUCGCCCCUCGAAAACAUCGAGCUGCCCUUGAACAUUUGCUUCCUUCAACCAGGUACCUUUAAUAUUAAUCGUUUCAAAAUUAAUAUCAAAAUCAACAAUGGCGACGUUUCAAAGGAUAUCUAUACUACUGUUCAAAAUCUUAUCAAUGUUUUAGCUGAUGAUCAAUAA